GCGCGAGCGCUGGACACAUCCGCGUCUGACAGAUCUGAGGCAACACACUGACAUAAAGGUCCUGUGAACUCAUGAUGGUGCAGACACCAAGAGCUAAAUCUUCUCUAAAGGAUGAAGAUCAGAGAUCAGAGAAUAUAUAAUCGUGUGUUUAUUUGUCCUGUAAACGUAAAAGGAUCUUGUUGGACAUCCAUCUGGAUGGUCUGAACCAGGAUGGCCAAGCUGUUCUACAGACUACAGCACUUUUUAAGGCGGGCUCAGCUGCUUCUGUUUUUUCUGGGUGUGGCUUACAUCAUGGCAGGAAGCGUGUUACUGCUUCAGCGCUCCAUUGUGGUAACAUUUCAGAAAGAAAUAGAUACCGCGGCGCUACCUUCACUACCAGCGCCACCUAGAUCCAUGGAGGUACAUGCUGCCAGGUGGUUGUACAGGAGGACUGUCAUCCAAGAGAUGGACAACCAACCUUUUGUUCAGACAGAAAACAGAAAGGACCAGAAGCACCUCGGAUCUCGUAAUCUGGAGAUCAGGCAUCUGAGACGCCACUGGUUCCAUGGUAAUGCUGAACAGAAAAGCUCUUCUGAACAUAGUCUGUCACAUAAGAAAGCCAGUCAUAAAGGGACCUACGUCGGAUGUUUUAUAAACAAUGAAACAGAGCAUGCACUCAGCGGGACCGUUCUUUAUGAUUUCCGCAAAAUGACCAGCGCCUUGUGUCAGGACACCUGCUCUGAGAGUGGGUUCCGGUAUGCUGGGUUGGAGUAUGGAGCGGAGUGCCAUUGUGGAAAUCGGGUCUGUGCCCAGCGGGCUCGGGGUGAGGACUGUAAUCUGGAUUGCCGUGGAGAGAAGGGAUCCCCCUGUGGAGGGGUGGGACGCAUGUCUGUUUACAGAGUUGAGGAUCGACUUCCAGGACAGAGGAGAUACAGAACUGUUCACUACCACGGCUGUUUCAAGAAGCCAAAGAACUCUACUGCUGACUUCCUGAUCCAGACCUCUGGGCCGACACACACGCCUCAGCAGUGUAUCGAGACCUGUACAGAUCAGGACCUGCCAUUGGCCCUUUUGAGAGGGCACGACUGUUUCUGCAGCCAUGUCCCGUUUCUCUUCACAGUCCAUAUGAGUGAACAGGAAUACAUGUGUGAGAGGGGCAACCAGACAAAUCACACCUCUCCUUAUGACCUUGACUACUACUGGGUGUACAGUACUCCUGUGCUAGAUGCAACGUGCAAAGAAAGGAGAUUUUUGCCCCAGAAGUCCAGCACUCUCGUGGCCCUGUCCAGCUUUCCAGGGGCAGGAAACACCUGGUUACGCCACCUGAUUGAACUCGCCACUGGAUUCUACACCGGCAGCUAUUACUUUGAUGGAUCUCUGUACAACAAAGGUUUUAAAGGAGAGAAGGAUUACUGGCAGAGCGGGAGAGUCAUCUGUGUCAAGACUCAUGAAAGCGGCCAGAGAGAGAUCGAAAUGUUCGACUCAGCCAUCCUGCUGAUGCGAAACCCCUAUCGUUCUCUAAUGGCAGAGUUCAACCGCAAGUGUGCCGGACACCUGGGCUAUGCGUCAGAUGUUCACUGGAGGAGCAAAGAGUGGUCAGAGUUUGUAGACAGCUAUUCAUCCUGGUGGGUGUCUCACGCUCUGACCUGGUUGCGGUUUGCCCACCGCCUGCUGGUGGUACACUUUGAAAAUCUACAGAAAGAUCUAGUCCCUCAGUUAAAGACCAUCAGCGCUUUUCUGAACACCAGCAUUUCCGAGGAAAGACUUCUGUGCACAGAGAGCAACAGAGACGGCCAUUUUAAACGCUCUGGAUCUCGUAGCCUGACCUUUGACCCCUUCACCCCUGAGAUGAGAGCUCGUAUAGACGAAUACAUCCGCACGGUAGAUAAAGCCCUCAGAGACAGAAACCUCAGCGGCUUGCCACAGGAGUUCAUGCCCAGGUGAGGAUUUGUGAACGCAGCUGCUGCCCUCUGCUGGAGGGAGGACACAGAAACACAAAGUGCCUGAGUAAAAACACAACUGAGUUUUUGCUGUCUGUUGUUUUAUUUGUGGUUUAUAUUUGUGGUUGC